CUUUGAGCUUAAACUUAUUCUAGUAUUCGGGGUUAUACAUGACAAUGAAAAAAUAUAUUUAGUAAGCCUGAUCAAUCUACUCUAAUCUGGGACUAUGGAGAGCAACAACAAAUGUUGUAAGCACUUUAAGGACCAUGGGGCGUCGAAUCCACCACAAUUCAAAGAGCACAAGGAGCUUAAAUUAAGGGACCAAAAAUACCAUUAUCGCAAGGAACGAAUGAAGUCUACAGAGAAUGUGCCUAAGUCCUACAAACAUAAUUAUACGACAAAUCAAAAUCAGAUAAGGCAGGACUAUCAUUGCGAUCAUAAAAAUCAUUCGUGCGAGGAUCGUAAGUCUCCUCUUAGCCAUGAACACCGUGCUCAAUACUCGUUUUCAAAAAAAUGUUUCAAUUUUAAUUAUCACCCGGCACAAAAUCAGCAGCGGAAACACCAGUCGAAGUUUAAGGUGAUGAUGGAACCGAGUUCAAAUUACACACCCAAGCAUCCAAUUGAUCCAGCAUAUCUCCUUAAUGAUGGAAAAAGGCAGAACAUAGAACACAGUUGUGGGGACUACCUCCUCUAUAAGAAUCUUAACUAUGAACCGGACCCAUCUAGUAAAAGUGAGCACUGUGGGGUGGAGGGUGGUUGUAAUAACAUAACCCCACUUCGUUUAAACCACCACCAGAAGCAAAAGAAAGACUCCUUUGACUACCUUAAUGCGGCUAAAGCUCAUUGCCAGGCUGCUUCCGAACGAUUCCAGAAUAAGUUCCCUUCAUGCAGUAAGUGUUCCUCCUCCAACGAAUCCCAAUCGAAACCAUCCAGCAUAACCGUGAUCAGUGCGAAAAGCGGAGACGAUCUCAGAGCGGCAGUUCGGUCCCAAAUAGAAGUCCAAGAGGCCUUGAAUGCGUUUACACUUGAAGUGAAGGAUAAAAGGGAGGAAGUACCAUCCGAAGAGAAACGCAGUAACAAGCCCAAAAAGAGCAGAAAAAUUACGUCUUAUACGCAAGCCGAGAAAGUGGAUUCCACUGCCGAAAAAGCCCAAUCAGGUACCCCAAGGGUAGAUGAUUUAGAACUCGUGGAUCUAAGUGACAGUCCUAUUGAUGUCGCUAUUAGCAAGGUGGAUGUUAGUGACAGUCCUAAUGAUGCCGCUAUUAGGAAAGUGGAUGUAAUUUACAGUCCUAGUUAUGCAGACAUUAACAAAGUAAUUGACCCGGUUAUCAGGAACGUUCAGCGCAUGUAUCUAAACACUCUGAAAGACGAAAUGUCUCUUAUCGAGUAUUUAGUUACGGUCCCGGAAUUAAUUAAAAAAGCUUAUGAGCGUCCACUCGCUGAAAAAGAGCAACAAAUAACAAGGGAGUGUUACAAGCACAUUUGAAUUCUAUUUAUUCAAUGUUUAUAUAU